ACAGACCUUCCUCCUGCUGCUGCUUUGGCUUUUGAAACCAUGUGGCUUUAUGAUUUUUUGUUGAGUUUCGACCUUAAGGGGUUGAUUCUGUUUCUGCUCAUUUUUAUUUUAAUGGCAGAUUUCAUCAAACACAGGAAUCCACCAAAUUACCCUCCAGGACCGCCUGGUCUGCCCAUUGUGGGGAAUUUCUUCAGUAUGGACAGCAAAAAUCCAUCCAAUUAUUUUACCAAGCUGGCUGAUGUCUACGGGAACGUGUUCAGUGUCCGCCUCGGGGGGGAAAAGAUGGUGUUUGUGACUGGGUAUAAGAUGGUGAAGGAAUCCAUAGUGGCACAAGCUGAGAACUUUGUGGACCGACCACACAGUCCGAUGGUUGACAGGAUAUACAAAGGCGGCUCAGGUGGUCUGUUCAUGAGUAAUGGUGAAACAUGGAAGAAACAGCGGCGUUUUGCUUUAUCCACCUUACGCACAUUUGGCCUGGGUAAAAGUCUCAUGGAGCAGAGCAUCUGUGAGGAGAUCCGAUACCUGCAGGACGUGAUGGAGAACGAGAAAGGUGAACCUUUCAGCUCAUCAGGCCUCUUCAACAACGCUGUAUCCAACAUCAUUUGCCAGAUGGUGAUGGGAAAACGCUAUGAGUACAGCGACCACAACUUCCAGACCAUGCUGACAUAUCUGUCUGAGGUUAUCAGGCUGGAAGGCUCCGUAUGGGGUUCCCUGUAUGAAUCGUUUCCCAACGUGAUGAAGUACUUGCCAGGUCCUCACAACAAAUUAUUUAGCAACUAUAUCGACCUCCAAGACUUCAUGAACCAGGAGUUACAGAGGCACAAGAAGGACCUGGACCACAGCAAUCCCCGGGACUACAUCGACACUUUCCUCAUUCAAAUGGAAAAUCACAAAGACACCGACCUGGGCUUCACUGACCAUAAUCUGAUUAUGUGCUCUAUGGAUCUAUUCCUGGCCGGAACAGAGACAACUGCCACCACAUUGCAGUGGGCUUUGGUUUAUCUCAUCAAUAACCCAGAGAUCCAAGAAAAGGUCCAGGCAGAGAUAGACGGAGUGAUCGGACAGAGCCGUCAGCCCACUAUGGCCGACAGACCCAACAUGCCCUACACUGACGCUGUCAUCCAUGAGAUUCAGAGAAUGGGAAACAUUGUUCCUCUGAAUGGACUCAGAGUAGCUGCCAAGGAUACAACACUGGGUGGUUACUUCAUACCUAAGGGUGCGUCCAUUAUGCCCAUGCUGACCUCAGUGCUGUUUGACAAAGAUGAGUGGGAAACCCCGCACACUUUCAACCCAGGACACUUCCUGGAUGCUGAUGGAAAGUUUGUGAGGAAAGAAGCUCACCUGCCUUUCUCUGCAGGGAAACGUGUGUGUCUCGGAGAGGGCCUGGCCAAGAUGGAGCUGUUUCUGUUUUUGGUAGGUUUACUGCAGAAGUUCUCUUUCACGGCUCCUGACGGUGUCGAGCUGAGUACAGAAGGCGUAACUGGAGCGACUCGAGUGCCGCACCCCUUCAAGGUUCAUGCCAAGGUUCGCUCACUGGUGUUAUACUGGUCAGAAGGAAAAGUAUUGGAAAACACAGACCUUCCUCCCAGUGCUGCUUUGGCUUUUGAAACCAUGUGGCUUUAUGAUUUUUUGUUGAGUUUCGACCUUAAGGGGUUGAUUCUGUUUCUGCUCAUUUUUAUUUUAAUGGCAGAUUUCAUCAAACACAGGAAUCCACCAAAUUAUCCUCCAGGACCGCCUGGUCUGCCCAUUGUGGGGAAUUUCUUCAGUAUGGACAGCAAAAAUCCAUCCAAUUAUUUUACCAAGCUGGCUGAUGUCUACGGGAACGUGUUCAGUGUCCGCCUCGGGGGGGAAAAGAUGGUGUUUGUGACUGGGUAUAAGAUGGUGAAGGAAUCCAUAGUCACACAAGCCAAUAACUUUGUGGACCGACCACACAGUCCGAUGGUUGACAGGAUAUACAAAGGCGGCUCAGGUGGUCUGUUCAUGAGUAAUGGUGAAACAUGGAAGAAACAGCGGCGUUUUGCUUUAUCCACCUUACGCACAUUUGGCCUGGGUAAAAGUCUCAUGGAGCAGAGCAUCUGUGAGGAGAUCCGAUACCUGCAGGAUGUGAUGGAGAACGAGAAAGGUGAAUCUUUCAGCACAGCAGGCCUCUUCAACAACGCUGUAUCCAACAUCAUUUGCCAGAUGGUGAUGGGAAAACGCUAUGAGUACAGCGACCACAACUUCCAGACCAUGCUCACAUAUCUGUCUGAGGUUAUCAGACUGGAAGGCUCCGUAUGGGGUUUUCUUUAUGAAUCGUUCCCCAACGUGAUGAAGUACUUGCCAGGUCCUCACAACAAAUUAUUUAGCAACUAUAUUGACCUCCAAGACUUCAUUAACCAGGAGUUACAGAGGCACAAGAAGGACUUGGACCACAGCAAUCCCCGGGACUACAUUGACACUUUCCUCAUUGAAAAGGAAAAUCACAAAGACACCGACCUGGGGUUCACUGACCAUAAUCUGAUUAUGUGCUCUCUGGAUCUAUUCCUGGCCGGAACAGAGACAACUGCCACCACACUGCAGUGGGCUUUGGUUUAUCUAAACAAUAACCCUGAGAUCCAAGAAAAGGUCCAGGCAGAGAUAGACGGAGUGAUCGGACAGAGCCGUCAGCCCACUAUGGCCGACAGACCCAACAUGCCCUACACUGACGCUGUCAUCCAUGAGAUCCAGAGAAUGGGAAACAUUGUUCCUCUGAAUGGACUUAGAGUAGCUGCCAAGGACACAACACUGGGUGGUUACUUCAUACCUAAGGGUGCGUCCAUUAUGCCCAUGCUGACCUCGGUGCUGUUUGACAAAGAUGAGUGGGAAACCCCGCACACUUUCAACCCCGGACACUUCCUGGAUGCUGAGGGAAAGUUUGUGAGGAAAGAAGCUCACCUGCCUUUCUCUGCAGGGAAACGUGUGUGUCUCGGAGAGGGCCUUGCCAAGAUGGAGCUGUUUCUGUUUUUGGUAGGUUUACUGCAGAAGUUCUCUUUCACGGCUCCUGACGGUGUCAAGCUGAGUACAGAAGGAGUUACUGGAACGACUCGAGUGCCGCACCCCUUCAAGGUUCAUGCCAAGGUUCGCUGAAUUAGACGACAUCUCACUGAAUCAACGCGUUGCAGGACAAGACACAAGCAAAUCACAGAAGAGACGGCUCAUUCUGAUGCUUUCACUGUUGUAUGUUCAAGGACUGAACACCUGCUUAGUCUCUCUGCCUAAUUCUGUGUGAUGGAGUUAGUUAUUUGUAAAUUUGUAUUGAUUUGUUGAUAGUUUUAGUUUAAAAUAUUUUUGCUUUGGUUUAAUUAAGGAAUUCAUCAAUUAAUAAUAAACUGACAUGCUUGAAUAAAUUAAUUAAAUGAA